AUGGCUGAAUCGAAAUUUUUUACAUAUGUAAAUACACCUAUUGAUAACGAUACAAUUAAAUAUCACUUUUUAAAUGCAAAUGGUAAUAAAGUUAGCUAUGCUGAAUUUAUAAACCUUUUACAUUUAGGUGAUGAAAAUUUUUUAGAUACUUUCAAAAUAGCUUUAAAUGAUGCAACGAAUGAAUUAUCCGCAUAUUUUUGGGAAUGUCCUCCUGUAUCUAAAGAAUCAACAAAUAAACCAUUUGAAUUUGUAGUAACUAAAUCUAAACAAUUAAGUUAUAUUAAACAAGAUUACUCAAGCUUUAAAGAAAAAAUUAUUGAAGAUUUAAAUAAAGAUGUUUUUAGUUUUUCUAACUUAGGAAAAGAUGCUACUUUAAUUAUUCCUAAACCUUGUCACGAUCUUGAUUAUAAAAAUCUUAGUAAUUUUACUAUUAAUGCUCCAAAAGAACAACAGAUUAAGUUUUGGCAAGAGGUAGCUAAUAAACUGACUGAAAAUUUGGAAUUCGGUACUUCUAAGUGGUUAUCCACUAAUGGUUUAGGUGUUCAUUAUUUGCAUGUAAGGAUUGAUGAUAAACCAAAAAAUUAUUCUUGGCAAGAAUAUUUAUUGUUUAAACAAUCAAGAUCCGAAAAAAUUUUUUGGAAAAUGAGCAAUCUAAAACUAAUCAAAGAAAAGAUAUUUCCAUUCUACAAAAAGAAUCUUUCAAUUAAUUCUCUUCUGCAACCUUUUAAUUAUAAUCGACAAAAAACUGUGUUGAAUGUUGAACCAAAAGCUGAACCAAAUGUUGAACCGAACGUUGAGCCAAAAAUUGAUUUAAAAGCUAGAGCCAAACUUUGA